AUAUUUCGAUAGAUCUUAAAUAUGCGAUUCCACCCAGUAAUAAAAAAUGCAUAGUAACAAUUUGUUUGAAAAAAGAUCAAUUAUUGUUAGACGUUGUUAGAAGGUUUAUGAAUGAUAACAAGAUCCCUUGCUAUCUAGAACUUUCUUUGCUUUCUGUCAUUGAGUCUCUCAUGAAGGAAAGUUUACGUAUAGAUAUUGAAAUUAAUAGGAAAUUUGAAAGUGAUUUGGAAGCAAGAAAUUUUCGUAAAAACCUUGUAUCAAAGUAUAAAAAUCACACCGUUAGAUACAAUGACUCCCCAGCAGAGGAUAAUUUCCCAAAGGCGCACAAUACUCUUGUCCUUUCUCCGAUCCCUUCCAUCUUUGAUACACUAUUACAGUUGGAAGAGAAAUAUAAACAAGCGAUUAUGGAAAUUGUGUCAGCUCGCGAGAAUGAGUUGGAACAUAUUCAAGACAAGCAUCAUAAAGAGAUAGAUGAAAUCGUAUUCAGUUAUAAUAAUGGUUUAAAUAAACUGGUCGAAAAACAUCGAGAGGAUGUAGAGUAUAAACAAGCCACAUUAGCAAGUGAGCUUGAGGACAUCAAGCGAACGCAAAAAAAUGAAUAUUGUGAAUUUGUGGUUAAACUAUAUGAGGCACAUCAGCGUUGGAUUGCAGAACAUCAAUCAGCAUCAGAUCCAAAUUGGACUUUUAGAUUAGAUGGCAAAGAUAUAGUUUCUGAAGUAAUAUCCUCUUUAAAAAAGAGCCGAAAAGAUCUAUCUAAACAAAUAUUAAGAUUCAACAAAGGACAUGGCGCAAGAAGUCAUCAUGGUAGCGUUAGUUCAUUAUCUGAGGUGUUAUCUCCCGUAAUGCCUUCGCCACCUUCUCCCAUGUUUUCUCCAGUUUCAUCAUCUUUUAGUGGUAAUGGAGACGAUAAGAUCAUGACCUACUUUAAUCAUGAUGAUAAUCCUGCUUCCAUGAAAAUGAUCAACGAGAUUCAAGAAAUGGGAUUCAAUUAUGAUCAAGCCAAGGUUGCCUUGGAGAUGGUUAAUUGGAGUAUGGAACAAGCCGUUGCUUUGUUGUGUGAACAAUUAGAAAGGGUUGACGCACAAAUAGCAAAUAAUACGAGUUUGCCUCCAAGACGCACGUCUAUUCCAUUUGCAAGUUCCCCACUUAAAGAAAAUCCUUCAUCAAUUGGUAAAUCAAGGAACAAAUCUUUGCGCAGACCCAAAUUGGCGAUAUUAACUAAACCAGAAAAGAAAAAUUGGUCACCAAUGUCAUUCUUUAAUCAAAAACAGCAAAUGGUAACUGCACCAAGUACACCGGUCAAAAGGUUUAGUGGUUGGUUAAGCAGAAAAGUAAUGGAUGAUGAUGUGAAUGGAGAUGAACCCAACUUGCAUUUAGCUGAUAAUACACAAUUGAUGGAAAGCUUUACGAUUUCACUUGGUAAUCAAGUGAAAUCAACUCACAACCUUCGACUCUUGGUGUCAGACAUGGAUGAUUUAUUCAAAUCAUCUAAUGAUACCGCAAAAGAUAUGGCUUAUAGAGCUCAAACGGCCGCGAAUUUAUAUUCUCAAAACUUGACGGCCAUUGUUUUGAUAUUAACGCCAGGUGAUUGGGCUAACUACAAAUUGGGUAAAAGUGCCAACAAAGCAUUUUUUUUAAGGUGUAGAGAAUCAACAGAAUUUCACUUUAAAGAUGUUGAAUCGCAACUAGAGGCGAUUGAAAGAGAUUUUGGUAGAUCUGAAGUGCAAGAAGGUGAUUUUUUUAUUACAAAGCAUUCGAAUCUACCUCUUGUUCAUGUUGUAUUUCAUUUAGUAAUUGAAUUUGAAUCAAUCACAAAAUCAGAGCUUACACACAAAUCUCGCGUGAUGGAUGGAUUAAGGAACAUAUUAAGAACCGUCGAUAGAUUUGAUAUUGCAAGUAUGUCAUUACCAUUCUUAUUACUUCCAUCCAAAAUUGAUCCAUUCUCAGAUCCGACAUUGGAUGAAAAUAUUCUUUACAAGAGGGGUGAAUUAGUAUUGAAAUGUAUAAGAGGGUUUAUGAUACAAAAUUCUAGACUACCAAAACGUGUUAGCAAUGAACAAGAACAGGAAGCUAAAACCGUAUCUUUCUUAUUAAGUAAUAAUGUCUGCGAAAGACAAUUUCAUGAUUUUAAAGGUUUAUUAACUAGAACUUUCAAAACUAGUUAA